CCGCCGUCGACGCCUGAGCCUCGUCAUCCCUCUACCUACGAAGCGCUAGUCCUCCGAGUAGCCUCCAGACGCUUGCUGGAGCAUCAGCUUCCCAACCUACGUCCGUCCGCCUCACCGACGACCUGCCCGCCCCUGCAGCGCCGGACCCCGUCCCCGACUGCAUCCUCGCCCUCCACCGAACCUCCCGCCCGCAGCGAAAUCUACCAGCCGACAUGGAGGAAGAGCGACUUUGGAAGUUCCGGAAGCCCGAGUGGCUGAACAGCAUCUGGGCGCGGAACGCUGGCGUCUACGGGGCUGGAGCACUGUACUCGCUUGCCUUCUACGUCAUGCUCGACUCGGCCGUCUGGUCCAAGUCGGCCCGCAACGGCUCCAGCGUCCACGUCAAGUUCGUCGACUGGCUGCCCCUCGUCUUCUCCAGCCUGGGCAUGCUCAUCAUCAACUCGGUCGAGAAGCAGCGCCUCAGCGCCGACUCCUUCAGCUACAGCGGCUCCGGCGUCGCGUGGAAGGCCCGCGUCGUUCUCUUCCUCGGCUUCGCCGCCCUCGCCGGCGGCAUGGCCGGCGGCGUCACCGUGUUUGUGCUCAAGUUUGUCGUUCCAGGCGUGGAUAUGCCGGCGCUGGGCAUGGGCAUCGAGAACAUUGUCAGCAACGCCCUGGUUGGCUUCAGCUCCGUCGUUCUCUGGGUGAGCCAGAACAUGGAGGACGAGUAUUCGUACAAUCUAGCGAUAUGAAACGCACGGCAAGGAGGAGGCCACGAGCGCGAGUUACUCGGCGUCCAACAGCACGCAAGUCGACGGCUGGAAGGCGCCAGGAAAGGAUGCGAGAGACGUGUACAGUGAGCGGCAUACGUACUGCCAGCAUUCGUGGGAGGUUUGGCGUCGAGUUUGGUUUUCCAUAGCAAGCUUCAAGUGUUUCAAUGCUUCUGUCAUGGGCGAGAGGACGGUAACGUUCCAUAAUGAACUUCUUGCUACGUUGUCUGGUUGUACAAUGCACCAACAUCGGACGGAAUACCCUUGGUUUUUUGGUUUAGAAUCUUUGUGCGAUUGAAUAUACGGCCCUGUGAGAAUGCGA